AUGAGCUCUGAAAUCCCCAACGGCAACGCCAUGGACAACUCCUACCAGUCCCGCACCGGCCAGUCCGAGAUCUCCGUUCAAAAGGACGAGGCCCCUAUUGAGGCUACUGAGUACGAUAAUGGUGGUGACUCCGACCAGCAGCUUGAGCGCGAUGAGAAGGAGGCUAUUGAUAGCAGCAACAUUCUUGAGGAGCGCACUCGUGGUGCAACCAAGAAAGCCGGCACGUACACUGAGCCGGGCGAUGACGAGGGACUUGGUGCUGCGGCCACUGGCGAGGAUGGAACGUCUUCUGGUCGAUACUAA